UUGUUUCAGAAAAUGAUGUUAAAUGUAAGCUUUUUAUGUUGAUAUGCCUUUAUAGCUUCCUGUGUGCACCUGAUUCAGAGGAAGGACUUAAAGAUGAAAAGUCUAGAGUUUGAUGCUGCUGGAUUCAUUUGUAAUUACUUCUCGAAAAAAGAAAUGACUUCAGCAGGUACACUCAAUACACAAUAUAAAGACGAAUUUGGAUCGGAAAUGCCGUUUCAUCGGAGUGACCGAGAAGAGGGUUGCUCUCGGCGGGUGUAUGGAGCAGAUUCUCCAGAAUACAAAGAUGGACCUGAAUGGGAUUCUGGAUAUCAGGGGGGUCUCAAUAUUUCGAGAUAUGAGUUUUUAGACGAAGAUGGCGUUCCGUCCCAGUUUGAAGAUGGUAGAUCUCAGUCGCCGAUUCCUCAGUCCCAUCAUAGACACAUUUCUUCCACUUCAGGGUUCAAUAUGAAAAUAUCCAUCCCCGUCUCGAGAAUUUAUGAUGCUUCGUCCCAGAAUUCCCGCAGUGGUAUGUUUCCAAUUGAGCAAGAUAAUUCAUUCAGAAGAUCGAUAGAUACAGAGGAUUCAUUACUGCACAACCACUCUGUUUCGGGUUUUAAGAAUCCCUACUUUAUUUCUCAAGAAAAUACAUCCGGGAAAAGAAUGAGAUCAUCAGACAUUUUUGAAGACGGUACAUUGCGUCAACCUAAAUCGACCGAUCGACAAGUUUCAGUUAAAGAUCAAAUCAAAUUAAAGAUCAAAUCAAAAUCUCCGCGAAAGGAUCGACGUUCAAGGUCUCCGAGAAGUAGUAACUCCAGACCAAGAUUGUCUUCAAGAGAACUUAAUUCACAUUCGAGAACACCAUUAAUGGAUAUAUCACCUCAAAGGGAGCAUAGAACUGAAUCUCUGGUGGUCGAGUUAAGAAAUAGAUCUCCGAUCGGAGAAAAUACAUGCAAGGUAACCGUCAGAUCUCAAAUUAAUGUUCCUUCAAAUAAAAAACCAAAUAAAGACUCGCAAAGAAGAUCACGGAAGACAAGUCCUCGAACUAAAUCGCCAACCAGAGAUCUGUUAAGAUCGCCGAUUAGAAAUCCAAGAAAAUCGUACAUCAGAGAUCUAAGAAGAUCACCUAUUAGAGUUUCUAAAAGUUCGUCUGUUAGAAGUCUAAGAGGAUCACCAAUCAGAGAUCUAAGAAAGUUGCCUAUUAGUGAUGUUAGAAGCAGAACGUCUAUCAAAGACCUGAGAAAUAAAUUGCCUGUUACGGAUCGUAAAUCAGGACAUGAUUAUGAUCAGAGAACGAAAUUAUCCUGUGAAGAUCGCUUGGGAUCUUCGUCAAAGAAAUCUCGAUCACCUAGUUUAACGAAGAUGUCAGUUAAAGCUCGCUUAGGUUCGCCAGUAAGAAAAAGACGCUCAAAAUCGCUUCAGCGGAAAACUUGUCGAAAUUCGUCUGAUAGCUCUUCAAAGCGCAGCAAUGACCGCCGAUCCUCUCAACGAAAGAGAUCACGAUCUCCAUUGAAAGAUAAUUCACUGAGUGAACUGCUUAGAUCUGCGAGAGAAUUGGAUUAUUUAGCUAAAGAGAAGAACGAGCUAGAGAAGGAGUGCAUGGAGUUCUAUCAAACCAAACCUAAGGAGAAUGAGAAGGAACCUGAACCUAGACUGAGGCUGGUCAGAGUAAAAGAUAUCAGCCUCCUGAUAAAUCCUGAGCCCUCUAGUAAAGACGACAUGAGAACAAAUGCGCUGGUUGGAAAUAUAGACUUGGAGACAAACAGAAAGGGUUUCGAGAUUCUUCAGAAUGAGAGUGCUUUUGAAAUAGAAGACCCCGGAGAAGAUAGAAGAACUCUGCCGUCGACUAGGCUUUACCCUCCGCUAGAUCCUAAGGCGGACACUGGUUCUGGAAGAAAAUCUGAUGACAGAACUAGCUCAAGAUAUGGCUAUGUAUCCCGGAAGGAUGGAAAAUCUUCCCGAAAAUCUCCCAGAACCUUAUCGCCAGGGAGAAAAAGGAAGAGUUCGAGGGAGAUAACUAGAUCAAGAGAAAGGCAGGAAUUGGGACAAACUGAGCAGCGUAAAUCCACUUCCAUGGAGAAGACUGUUUUCACUCGGCUUCAGCCCAGUUUGCCUCGAGAAGAGACAGACUUGCAAAAAAAGGGAAAGAAGAGUAAGAAGACAAGAUGGAGCAGUGGCGAGGACAACAUGAUUUCUGGAAAAUCUCGAGAUGAACUUAUUCUUUUUAGUAAACCGCUUCCACCUCCUAAAGCAAUUAUACUUAAAAAGAUGGCUCUAAAUAUUAUGACAAGCCAGGCAGCAAAUCUGGCCACUUCAACGACUCAUUGCCUGUCAGCAUCAAUGGCUAAGACGCCGACAGCAACCCUUGCCCAGACACUUGCUUUAGCGCAGGCAGCAGCUCUGGAAAAAUACAAACCCUCCAAGGAGGUUCUGGUGGCACAGAUGAGAAACAAAAUCAGAAACCAGAGGAGUUUGCUUAAUGCUAAGGUUUCCAAGUCUCUCGAGAUCCCUAAGCUGGGUUCUAGUGAACCCCUGGGAUAUCCUGAAGAUAUUGAGGAUACAACUGAGUCUUCUGAUAACACUGCUCCUGCCAAAUCACUUAUGGUUCACUACUGUGAUUAUCUAAGGAAGGAGGAUAAGCCCCUGGGUUACUGUGAUGAUAUGAUGACAACCUGGAUACUGGCGGGGAUACAGGACGAGAAAUCUCUCCGGGAGUAUAUAAACAUGGAGAACCCGAGGUCGGUGGAUAAACUCAGGGUAGUACUGGCGCAGCUGAUAACUCGUAUACCUGGAGCAAGGAUACCCAAGUCUGUAAACGUGACAGACCUGCUGGACCAAACCAUCAAGUUCUUUGUGACGGAGAACCCGGACCUGUACAACAACACGGAGACAACUAAUCAAUCAAUCAACACAGAGGUUUCCUUCUUACUGGACAGGACGGAAAGCCAAGAGCCCGGGUACUAUACCUCGGAGUAUCUCGGUGGAAGUGGAAAAUCAUCUAAUUCACAGGAUAUGCAUACCUCUCACGCUUCAGUUCUUCCGCAUUCUGUGUAUACUGGCGCAUUUCCGGACAAAUCCUUUCCGUUGUUCGGCCGAAAUAUUCCUGACUCAACCAAACCUAGCCAACCCAGUUUAGGAUCAUGUACGCUUAGUUUCCCUCCUCCAGUUCUAGCUGUGGAGGGGAUACCUAGAGCACAAUCUUUAUCAAAAUCUCCAUUUGCCCCAGUAGACUCAAAACCACAGGCCUUUACAUCACCCCCGCCGCCUGCCACAUUAACCUCCCAACCAAAACCUUUUACGGUACCUCCACCUGCAACAUUAACCUCCCAACCAAAACCUUUUACAGUACCCCCACCAGCCACAUUAACCUCCCAACCAAAACCUUUCACAAUACCACCACCUGCCACAUUGACCUCCCAACCAAAACCUUCAAUCGUACCCCCACCUGCCACAUUCACCUCCCAAUCACAACCUUUUUCAUUACCCCCACCGGCUAAAUUAACCUCUGAUCCCCCAGUUGAAAAAUUAACCUCCCAACCACAGUCCUAUACUGCACCCCCGCCGGUCAAAGUAACCUCUAAACCUGAUUCCUAUUUGAAAACGGUAAGCCGGUCAAGUAAAUAUAAACCCUGGAUACCCCAAACUAGAUGUUUAAGAUAUCUGGAACGUGGAAUCCCACUAGAUGAAAAUAUAGGUUCGGUGCAGUCAGACUCCAACUUGUCAUCCAACUUCACUCAAGCCUCAAACUGGUCAUCCUACACCACUCCAUGCUCCAACCUACAAUCUUAUUCUACUCAAGGCUCCAAUCUACCAACUUACUCCACUCAAGACUCCAACCUGCCAUCCUGCUCUACUCAAGCCUCCAACCUGCAUUCCAACUCCACUUCAGGCUCCAAUCUGCCAACUUUCUCCACUCAAGUCUCCAACAUGUCAUUCUUCUCUACUCCAGGUUCCAAUCUGCCAACCAACUCAACUCAAUCCUCGAACCUGCCAAACAACUCCACCCCACGCUCCAACAUGUCAUCCUACUCUUCUUCUGGCCCCAAGAUGUCAUCCUACCCUUCUUCUGGCCCCAACUUGAAAACCUACUCCACUACAGGCUCCAUAUUGCCCAACUACUCCACUCAAGUCUCCAACCUUCCAACUUCUUCAACUACGGUUUCCGGUAAGCCAACUUAUGCAAAUUUGUUCUCAUUCUCUAAAUCUAUCACAUUACCACCAUUAACCAUGUCUACCGAAAGUACUCCAAGAUACGAAGCAUGUCCUGGUAAACCAAAUACCUCCCACCUCCAAACUGUAGGAUCUACCCAAAUCUCUUACUCAACUCCAGGAUCAACUGUCCCUUCAUUCUUUAACUCUAAUACUCUACCUAAACCCGGAGGUCCAACCCAGAAGUUGUUUACGAACUCACUCCCCCAGCAUGCGUAUACUAUCCUCCAGAAUAUAUUCGGUACAGAUCCUACCUUCUCCGCAAAGUACGCUAGUCUGCAGGAUCUAUAUGAGUAUUUCAGCAAGAAGUUUUCAGUCAUGACAAAUUUUGGAUAUGACGGCAGUUACAUAGAGGGCCUGGCACGAGGAGGUAGAGAGCUGCUGGCUAGAGCAGGAUGGAAUAUAUCCAGUCUCCGCCAGCUCUGGCUAACCUCUGGCAGAGACGGAGUUACUGUGAGGUUGCGUGAUGAAUUGGUGAAACUGGAGGACUGCUUCCCGGCAGGGUUAACUUCACUCUUCCUCACAAACAUCACUACAGACUACCUUGAGGAAACACAGUAGUUAAACUAAAAAUAACUUUGAAACUAGAUUCAUUUCUAUAGACAAGAUGCUGCCAAAACCAAUUCCGGAGAAAUUCUGGAAAAGGAACAGAGAAGAAACGAGAAUUUUCCGGAUUCUUGGACACAAGUUCCAUUUGCAUGAUUUACAAUUUAUUCAGAAUAUAAAAAUGAACAUAAA